GCAGGUCUGAGCGUGAGACUUCAUGAAAUUCCAGUGUUAAAGCUUUCUUCCUCAUAUUACGAACUGAAAUUAUUAUGGCUACAAUGAUGUUCACCUACUUGGUGCUUGUGGUAAGUACAGUUUGUAUUGUUGUCACAGUUAUUCAAUAGGUUAAUUCAAGAUUCAGAGAAAUUUGUAAUCAAAAAUGUAUUUUUAUUAUGUUGCUUGUUUGCUGUAAGUUACUUUUUACAUUGUUUUACAAAGGAAAUUAAUGGUAAAAAUGUAAUUAUUUCUACCUUAACUUAAUUCUAAAUCAUUUCUACACUACCUAAUUCAGUAAUACUGAUUUUUUAUUACUUGGAAAAAACAAAAAUACAAUUAAAAUGUAACUAAAUUUAGUCAAAACCAUUGAUUCAUUGUUUAUUUCUUUGUAUUUGUUCUGAUAUUGUGAUUAUUGGGACCUCAAACAUAAUCAGUACUCUGUGCAGUAGAAUUAAUAAUAUAAUUAUUAGCGAUUGAAUAAUACUAUAAUUAUUACUAUUAGACAUUUUAUGAAAGUCUGUGCUUUUAUACGUGUAUUUCUGUAACAUGAGUGCCUAUCGAGCUCUUUUCUGGGGGUCAGUUGAGAAAAACAGCAACAAAGGAGAGUCUAAUAUAUAGCCUUUCCCAAACCUGUUUCACAACUUUGAAUCCUCUCAGGUAAACAUACAUUGCAAGCUCAAACUGUCUCAAAAAUAUGCAAAAAAUAUGUCCUUUGACUCUGCCUUCAUGGCUGAAAUGACUAAAAAUGAUCUAAAUGUUAAUGACUGAAUGGCAUUUUUAGUGGUAAAGCAAAGCUGUUGCAUCAUGUUCACAUCAUCUAGGUGAGAUGCAUUUGAAACAUUUCUCUUAGCUUUAGGUUUUUUUCUGCUCUUAAUUCAUGUAACAUGUUUAAAGCCAUGCAGUAAAUAACACACGGUUUCUGUUGAAAGGGAAUGAUCUGUCUGUGCAGCACAGAGCCUCUCAGACGCCAUAAACGAUCCUGGAUUAUAGACUCGUUUGACAUUGUAGAGGAACACCCGGGGCCUUUCCCUUACGUACUGGGGCAGAUUAAACUGGACCGUAGCUAUUUAGUGGAGUUCAAGUUAAAAGGCAAAGGUGUGGAUGAAGACCCAAAGGGUGUCCUGUCUAUUGAUCCACACACAGGGAUCAUUAAAGUCCACCGGAAAAUCGACUAUGAGCAGUACAGUGUUCUGAUGCUGACCUUCCAAGCAAGAAAUAAGUCCAACUUGGCCAUAGAUACACAACUAGGCAUGGAGGUCAACAUACUGGACAUCAACGACAACGCGCCGGUAUUCCAGAGGAGGGUUUAUGAUAUCACUGUAAACGAAGCAGCAAAACAAGGUGCUUUUAUUGUAGGUGUUUUAGCAAUUGAUAAGGACGCACCAGGAACUCCGAAUUCCACCAUUGAUUACAAAAUCAUUUCUGUCACUCCAACAACUAAGAAUGUGGAAUUCUACAUCCAAGAAAGUGGUGCAAUAUCUUUCAAAGGAUGCUUUGAUUAUGAGGUGGCUAAUAAAUACUCUAUAACAGUUGAAGCAAAGGACCGUGGAGUUGUAAAGCUGUCAAGCACAACGACCAUAAAUGUCAACCUUCAGGAUGGCAACAACCAUUUACCAGUUGUCACAGGGCAAACGGGUUCAGCUAAUGUGAUGGAAGACACAAAUGGUACAUCACCUCUCAAAAUACAUACAGCUGAUGCUGACACGCGUCCCUCUGCUGCAUGGAGGGUCAGAUACUCCAUAAAAGGGGAUAAAUGUGGCCACUUUGCCAUCCACACUGAUCCAGACACCAAUGAUGGAAUCCUCACAGUGGUUAAGCCUUUAGACUAUGAAGAAAACACAGAACAAAAACUCACCAUCUUUGUAGAGAACGAAGAGCCUUAUUUCUCUUGUGAGAUAAAAGAGAAACCUGCAGAUGGACUCUGGACAAUCAUCAGAAAUCCACCAAAACCGUCCUCUAGAAAUAUUACCAUUACUGUAGAAGACACCAAUGACCCUCCAUUCUUCCCAGAUCCAGUAAGAAAAGUAAUUUUGGAAGAAAACGGUGCUGUUGGAGCUUUUGUAGACAAAGUGACAGCAGUCGAUCCUGACAAGGGACGUCCCCACAAACUGGAGUAUUCUAUUGAACAAGAUCCUGCAGGCUGGUUCAGAGUAAACAAAACAACUGGGGAAAUCUUUGUAAAAGAGUCUUUGGACAGAGAGUCAAGUCAUGUGACCAAUGGGACUUAUACAGUCACUGUCCUUGUGACAGAGAUGGAUGACCAUCCUCCAAUGACAAGCACUGCUACCAUUCAGAUCCACAUUGAAGACAAAAACGACAAUGUCCCUAUUUUAAAGGAGAACCUGGUUUCUGUCUGUCAGUCUGAUGAAAAGUCAAGUACAGAGAUCACAGCCUAUGACCUUGAUGGAGAUCCGUACAGCGAUCCGUUUAGUUUUGAAAUUAUGGGAGAUCAUAAGGAAAAAUGGAGCUUUGACCCCAGUCACGGAAACACAGUGCAUUUGGUGAAGGAUAAAAGCGUUCAUGCCAGUCUGUACACGCUGGUUGUGAAAAUCGCUGAUAAACAGGGCAGGUUUGUCCUCCAGAACCUCUCUGUUGCUGCGUGUGAUUGUGCGGUUUCACCGAACUGUCUGAUGCAGCGAAACACACAGCAUAAAGCGGGAAGUAGCGUGAUAGGGAUUACCAUCUUUGCCCCGCUGAUGGUUUUGGCAUGUCUGUUGCUGGCUCUUACUUGCUCUUGUGGGCCUGUGAAGUCUCUGGUGCAAGUAGACAAUGUCUUAGAAGAUGCCCUUCUGCCUUCUAACAUCGAGAACCCUGGCACUGAUUGUGUGGUCCCGACUUUUCUAUUAAAGAAGACAUCUGUUAGUAACUCAAAGGAAGCAACUCUUAUCGAUAAUGGGGUUCAACAGACAGCAGACAUUCAGAGGGUAUCUAGCAAAAAUAUAGCCACUCACAGUCUCCCAGUUCAAAUGGAUGAGUGCUGGUCUAGAGACAGAUCACAGUGUCAUUCCAGUGAGACAUGGAUGUGGAAACAGUAUCAGAGUGACAACCGCUACCAGGGUUCAACAUUUAGUAGGAGGAGCUCACAAAGAAGACAGGGUACCUAUUUCAUCAGCCGCUCGACAUUACAAAGCUUGCUCUCUCAGAGGCUCCAUUCAAUACAGUGCCUAGAAAAUGAAUUGCUUGAUUAUGAACCUCAGCUUUACGCCCUUGAGGACAACUCUGAUAAAUUUGUAGACCUGGACCCCAUAGACCUGCCUAUGAAUGAGUUUGAUCGUGAGAUGCUCUCAGACCUUGGACCAGCAUUUAAGCAUCUGGCUUCUAUCUGUAACCCAGGGACACUGUCAAAACCAGAAGUGAUGAAGAAUGGGAUCAGAUAGUCUAGUGAUGAUGAGGAAGAAGAUGUUUCACCUUCUUAUUCAGGACUGGUCACUUUGCUACCAAAAAGAAAGAAAGAAUAUAUCUUAGUAUCUUUUUGUUCACAAUGGAUGUUAUGUCUUAAAUAGGUUGGUAUGAUAGCAUUGUUUCUUUCGGAAUUUCUGAGAAAAAUGGCAAUUAUUCAAACAUGCCAACAUUCACACAUUCAGUCAAACAUUAGGUCAGAGAACGUUGAGCUCAUAUUUUUACAACCCACAUUUAUCAGUUUGCCACUUGUCAAUCUUGCCAUUGCACCUGCAAAAACAAGUUAUUACUAUCUCAAUUUGAGAAACUACAAUGAUCUGUAUUUCAAGACAUUUAAAUGCCUUCUUACCCUUACACAGUUAAAAUGUGGAAAAAAUAAGAAUCUACAAAACCGUGAAGGAAAUAGUUAAAAAAUGUAUGAUUGGCCUGUACCAAUGUAUUUUUGCGUUUGACCCAAUGCUUGAAGUGGAAAGUGCCGGUUUCUUACUUUUUCUUAAUUUUCGUAAUUAAAAUGUUUGUUUAGUGAAUGUUUUCUUCUGAGAUCUCUAUAACCUCACAACUGUCGUGCCAUUCCAGCUGUCAUGCACUCUUUUAAUUUGUGAAAAUAAAGAUA